AUGUCCCUGUCCCUGAACCAGUCCCUGAACCAGUCCAUGUUUCUGAACCAGUCCCUGUCCCUGAACCAGAACCUGUCCCUGAACCAGUCCCUGUCCCUGAACCAGUCCCUGUCCCUGUCCCUGAACCAGUCCCUGAACCAGUCCAUGUCUCUGAACCAGUCCCUGUCCCUGAACCAGUCCCUGUCCAUGUCCCUGAACCAGAACCUGUCCCUGAACCAGUCCCUGAACCAGUCCCUCCUCCCUGUAUGUUUCCCCCAGGGAGGAGUUCAAAAACGGGCCACAGCUCAACGGGCUGCCUCUGCUGCAGCAGCUGCUGCCACCUUCUCCUCUUCCUCGUCUCAGGCUGCCUCUGCUGCAGCAGCUGCCGCCACCUUCUCCUCUUCCUCGUCUCAGGCUGCCUCUGCUGCAGCAGCUGCCUCCGCCCUUUCAUCCUCUUCCUCAUCUCAGGCUGCCUCUGCUGCAGCAGCUGCCUCCGCCCUUUCAUCCUCUUCCUCGUCUCAGGCUGCCUCUGCUGCAGCAGCUGCUGCCGCCAUCUCAUCAUCAUCAGCCUCAUCCUCCAGUUUAUACUGCACGGUCAAGAGUCAGAGGAGCAAGACAGUGCUGACGCUAAGUGGGUUUCCACUUAGGAAAGGACCCAUUUCUCCACCUUUUAUAUGCCUGGCUAAGCGGGCGAGCGUCCUGGCGUCCCUCUUAGACAGGGCCAGACGGGCUGUCUCCUCCAGCGCGUCCCGUGUCUCUUGGCUCUUUAAGCAAACCACUCUCCACAGGAUGAUGGGCUACAGGGCCAACGGCUACGAAGUCAAAGGUACCUGA